AAUUUAGCACAGAUGAUUUUUACAAGUGGAGAAAACGUAACGAUGUCUGAUAACAGCCAACGAUGGUUAGCCGUAAUAGAAUUGUUAUUUAAGUGAAUUGUUCAUGUUUUAUAUCAAGGCUAGGCGGUGAAAGUAAAAACUUUUACAGAAUGAAAAAAAUGUUUUCUGUGGUUGUUGUUUUCUUCUUGCUGUUUAGUUCUUCAGAUGAGAAAAACGUCUCACUCAACCAUGAGCUGGUAGAAGAAGCUUCUAACAAAACGUUAACCUGUGAAGACAGUCACAGCCGUGUGUCACUUGUCUGGAAACACGACGGGAACGUGGUGGCGACAUGCCAGCACCAGGCCAACAUCUGCCAGGGACAGUACGUGGCCAACAGGCUGGGAGGGGUCAGCAGCCUGACCCUGACCGACACGAGACGAGAGACCCCGUCGUUUGAAGGCGUGUGGAGCUGUGAAUACACGUUCGUGUUUGGGUUGAUUAACCAUUGGAAUCUGUCCCUGUAUCAUGCCCCAGAAAAACCUGUAUGUAACACACCAAUCUUUAGACUACACGACAAGCUUUACGUAGAAGUCAAUUGUUCCACCUCUAAAGUCUACCCCACAGCGGAAUGUGAAUUUUUUAUCGAGGACGUAAAUGAGAAGACGGUUCAGUCGCCAGCCCAAAUUAAUUAUGUCCAUGACCAGCUUGUUGACGGCCCUAUCUACUACAAAACGUCAUGCAGUGUCUCUCUACUGUGGAGUGAGAUAGCCGAUAAGGACUUGACUAUGUGGGUGGAGAUGUCUUUACCGAUAAACAAAAGUGUAGCUCAAAGAAGUGAAAUCGCCAGCAUUCAUCUACGUUCUCCCGAAGCAAAACUUUUGGACGAUUGCUACAAUGGUAGAAAAGACAACUUGUAUUUGCCAAACGAGACCAUUAGAUGUACUUGUGAGCUAAUCGAUAUCAAUGGAAGCCGAGUUGAUAUUGAUUGGAUUGACCUAAGUCACCCAACUAACAUCCACAAUGAAGACACGCUUACGCUUAGCUAUGCAACUGGUUUUAACAAGACAUUCAUGUGUGUAGGAAAGGGAUUUUCAGGAAAUAAUUAUACGGCACUAUUUACACCAAAGUUCGCAUACGCUGCCAAGGUAAUUCAGUUCACAGUAAACGGUGACACAGAUAUAACAGUCUCUGAAGAUACGCCGGUGGAGUUUAUCUGUGUCAUGGACAGCCUGCCAAUGGCAGACGCCUACAUAUCCACCGGCUUUGGAGUACGACUAGCACCAGGGACUCUGUCUAAAAAUGCCAGCUGCGAAGAUUCUGGAACUUAUGUCUGUGUGGCAAGCAAUAAUAUUUUCCCCGAAGUUUGGUCUAGGAAAUGGGUUCAUGUAACAGUUAAGUGUAACCUGAAAUUGAGAACCCAGAUGAAUGAAACUCGAAAAUUGUAUGCAGCAAUAGGCGGGAAUGAAACCAUUGAUUUUGAACUGCUGCUAGGGAAUUCCCGAAUAUGGAAAUAUGAACUUUCUAAGGGAGUUAAACACGAUCAAGUUACUUUAGUAACUGAUAUAAAUGGCAACGCUGCUUUAGAACGUUAUGCUAUUGAACUCAUGCAAAUAACUGAAGUAAAAGCAGUAGUAAGAUUACAUUUUGUUAUGCUAAAUCAAUCAGAUUUUGAUGUAUAUGAUUUUAAAGUGCUGGACAUGAAUGGUGGGACGGUUACAAGCAAUUUCCAAAUAUCAGAGAAAACGUCUAGUGAUGUAAACGUAUUGAAUAUUAUUUCAUAUGUCGCAGCAAUUUUAUUUCUUUUGACAACAAUCAUUGUAUCAUCGGUCUUAUAUUGCAAGAUACGGAAAGGCAAAAUUGAACGUUCAAUGAAAACUAUAAAAACAAAAGAAGGCCAUGUUUCAGAAAAUGAAGUGGUAAAAACAGAUACAGUGUACAGCAACAUUUGUCAAGAACAAUAUCCCUGCAACUUACCUGCACGUACUGGAUCUAAUAGUUGGAACAAAAGAAAAGAUUCUGAAACAAAGGAACAUCACAUUGAAUCCUUAAGAACAGAUUUGACACAUAAAAUGUGUUACGAUUCACAAGGACCAAAUCAUAAAUAUUUUAACGGUAACGGCCCAGUUGAACAGGAGUCGAAUGAAAAUAUGAACCAAACAGAAAGUCAACAAUAUCCAGAUCUUGGUGUGGCAAAUUGUUCGAGUUUUUUGUAACGUUUUACACGCCUGAGUCUACUCAAGUAAUGAGCAAAUAAACUAUGUAAUUUAUUAUUUAAAUAUGUUGUAUACCAACUUGUCUACGACGUUUUAAAAUAAAAUUUUGUUUAAUUAAUCAUUAGAUGCGUGAUUUGUUCCUUAGCGAGGUUUAACGAACAUACAGCUUUUGUAAAUGGGGAGGAGGGAUGGAGAGGCGUAGCGACCCCUCCCGGC